CGGCCCCUUCCUCUGUGACGACUGGCCGGGGAGGGGCCCCGCGCCCGGUGGCGCACCGGCAACGGAAGCGGGAGCGGGGCCGGGUUUCGGCCGGGCCGUUGGCAGCGGCAGCGCGGCCAUGCAGGCCAGGCAGCUCCGCUGGGAGACGCUGGCGGCUCUGCGCAACUCCAGCAAGGGCCGCCUGAAAUACUGCCGCCACUGGCUGCAGGACGAGGAUGUCUUGGAAGGAUGCAUGUCGCCUCUCAUGCUGUCCUCUUAUUCUGGCUGGGUCCUGGACAGGAUGGCUGGACAGUCAGACCAGGAAAUUGCACCCUCCAGAACUUCAACACCUAACAAAUACACUCCGCGUACAAAUCAGCUACCUCUUAAGAAGGUCGUGUCUGCCAGCCACCAGGGCUCUUCACCACUUUCGUCUACAGUGCUGAGUGAAACAAAGGGAAAUAAUGGUCUUAGUCUGCUGGAAAUGGAUCAAGAAGUCCUUCCAACACUCCUUCCAUCUAAAGUUACGGAAGUCGAAGGCUGUAUUCGGAUGUAUGAAGAGGUGCACAGGCUGAAAGGAAAGGAGUGGCUCAGGCAGCGGCAGGAGCAGCAAGAGCAGAUGGUGAGGGCAGUGUAUGACCUUGCAAGUGAACAACUGAAGCGUUUUGAUGAACUGAAGGAGCUAAAGCGGCAUCAGGAAUUCCAAGAUUUGCAAGAAGUGAUGGAGAAGAGCUUAAAGGAAACUCAGGGACAGCAAGAGAAGUUGAAAGAAGAACACCGACACAGAGCAAAGGUAUUAAACCUAAAACUGCGUGAGGCACAGCAGCAGAGGCAGCGUCAGGAGGAGCUGGAGCGUUUGCGUAAGGAAGAAGGCCAGGAAAGACUGCGUCGCCUUUAUUCCAUCCAAGAGGAAGUGCUACAGCUUAACCAGCAGAUUGAUCCCAAUUACAGACACAAAGACUUGCCAAAAAUUGAUCUUUCUGCAUACAGUAGUCGAGGCAACCAGAUCUGUGGGCUGGUGUCAGGACUCAUCCGCACCGCUAGUGAGAGAGGUUUCCCUACUCAAGUGGAUGUGGCCAAUAUUGAACGAGCACUGCAGGAAAUGCGGGGACUGAUAUCCAGCAUGCAGCAAGAAAUCGCUGCAGCUGUGGAAGAAAAAAAGAGGAGAGAUGAAGAGAGACGGAAGCAACAAGAGUUACUGAAAAAAUCACAGAUGAAGGCUCAGAGCGCUGCCCCUGCGCAGCUGCCAGGGGGAAAGCAGACAAAGGAAGGACAUCAAGUUAAGACAGACAAAAGUAUUAUGCGUUGGUACCAGGAGCUUCAAGAUGCUGCAAACCGGUGUGCUGCUUCUUUCAGUGCGAUAAGCAACUGCAAAGACAGUGAGGUUAAGAAGACAAAAAUGGACUUGCAGAAAGCAGCUACGAUCCCUGUUAGCCAGAUCUCUAGCAUAGCAGGCUCUCAGCUGAGAGAGAUAUUUGACAGGAUCAAUAACCUACUCUCUGGAAAGUCUGUUCGGAGUGGAGGGCGAAAUAUAUCAGUGACUCAGCAUCCACAGGGUCUGGAUUUUGUUUAUUACAAACUUGCAGAGAAAUUUGUGAGUCAAGGAGAAGAAGAAGUAGCUUCUCAUCGUGAGGCAGCUUUUCCAAUUGCAGCGGUGGCAUCAGGAAUCUGGGAAAUACACCCUCAAUUCGGAGAUCUCUUUUUAGCUCAUCUACACAAAAAGUGCCCAUAUUCUGUGCCAUUCUACCCUGCCUUCAAAGAGGGGACUUCUAUGGAAGAGUAUAAGAGGAUGCUUGGAUAUCAAUUUAAGGAUUCUAAGAUCGAAGAGCAAGAUCAUUUUCUUAAACGGAUGUCAGGAAUGAUUCGUCUUUACGCUGCUAUCAUUCAGCUCCGGUGGCCUUAUGGAAACAGACAAGGGACACAUCCUCAUGGGCUGAGUUAUGGAUGGCGCUGGCUUGCUCAUAUGUUGAAUAUGGAGCCUCUGGCAGAUGUGACAGCUACACUUCUUUUCGAUUUUCUGGAGGUAUGUGGUAAUGCUCUCAUGAAACAGUAUCAGGUUCAGUUCUGGAAAAUGAUAUUGCUGAUCCGAGAAGACUACUUCCCAAGGAUUGAAGCAAUUACCAGCUCUGGACAGAUGGGCUCUUUAAUGCGUUUCAAGCAAUUCUUGGAGGUAAAGCAAUUUUUUUCAGUUUCUUUCAGUGACUUUUUCCUCCACUCCAUUCAAUAUAUGCAUCAUUCCAGUAUUGAUGCUGGCGCUGCUUGCCACACACUUGAUAGUCCGGACCUGUAACUAUGAUGUAACCUGUCUUUCACUUACUGAAUUGUCUUAAUGAUAGUUACAAUGUCAAACAUCUUGCUUUUUUCUUACCUCACAUCUGUUUUUCUCAGUGGAAAAUUAUUUUGGUUAUAGUUGAUGUUCAGUGAGACUAGUUGCAGUGAGAGGAGAUACAGGGGCUGAGAACGAUUCUGCUGAGUCAUUUCUGUAACAGCUCAUUUUCAUCAGUGGGUUGCUUACUUUUUAUGUUGUCCUGAUUAGAUUAUGAGGAAGGAGACAUUUUGAGCUGCUCUUUGUAGCGUCUCAUUAGCAUUGUAUUUUGUGUAUGUAUUUUUUAGAGAAAACUUGCAGAACUGUUGAAUACUUUGUGUUGUGAAUGUUGUCUUAAACUAGAGCUAUCAUAUUUUAAUAUCAUAGUUUGUACUUUAAUUUCAAAACAAAUUUUGAUACUUUGUUAGCAAUGCUUUGAAUGUGUGCAGUAAGAGCCAUCAAAAUCCCUGAGAAGAGAUGGCAAACGAAGAUACCCAUUUCUUUUUCCUUUGUUUUUUUUUUUUGUUGUUGUCUCCUCUUCACUAGGAAUGUUUACAGAAGAAGGAAAUCCCAUUACCAAAGGGCUUUCUGCAGUCUUCCUUUUGGAGGUCAUAAAUCAGCAUAUACUUCUUCCUCUCUGGAUGUCAGUGCUUUCAGACCUGGCUUCCUGUUUACAUAUAGAGGCGAAACAAAUUCAUUUUGUAUUUGGGUGGAUGAAGAGAUUAUAUUCAAACCGUGUGUUAAAGUGUAAUUCAGUAAGUUUUGUGUUGCGUAGAACAAAAUAUGGUUUAAUUUUUUGGAAAUGGAUAAAGCUGUUCUUUAUUUUGGAUUUUUAUAGGUUUUUAUAUAGUAGAUUAUGGAAAACUGAGAAUUUUUCCUUGAUAUGUUUAAACAUGUGGAAGGUAGUUUACAUACAGUAUUCUGAUAACUUCUGGAUUUCACUAUAAACACUUGGACUGAAAAUUUGCUCAGUGCUGUUCUAUUCGCGGAAGUGAAAAUACCUCAAAGCUUUACGAAGUCUUAACAAAGUAAUCAGUCUCAGAAACCUACUGGUGAAACUUUAUUUUUGUUAUUUAUUAUGUCAAGCUUUUGUAAUUCACUUCCCGUUGUGUUGACAUACUUGCAUCCUGUUUGUGGCAACAACAUUUAAAACUACUGAGAGACUGGUAAAAGGUACUUGGCCUAGCAUCGUGAACGUUUCUCUCUGUUGAAUGUAACUUUGCUCCAAGAGGCAGUGUUCUUGAUCUAAGAGAGGUAGACUCACUGUUUUAAAAACUUUGUGUGGAUAGUAACUUUAUGGAGAAAAAGCUGAGUUCCUGAAACUACAGAAAUUCUGUGUCCACUGUCCAUUAAGUGGAUGAAAGCUAAUAAUUUUAUUAAAAAAAUAAUAACAGUGAAACAGUGCAUUCAUUUGAACACUUUGGCUGAUGUUCUGUCGUCAUUUGAGGGGGAAAUGGUAUGCUUGAGUUACCUAUGGUGCAUUGAAUUAUAUUUUAUAAUGACCAUUUUAUAUAAAUAUAUUUCUUACUUUUUAAUGUUAUGCUAUUUUUAUGUAUAAAGUACUGUAAUACUUUUAUACCAAUGGUGGAUUAUUCUGAGAAUAGUUCAUUCUAGAAAUCUGUUCAAGUUUAAUAUUAAAGUGUGAUUCUUUUUUUCUUC